CCACAAUAGCUAGUCAUAAGAAUGGUUCGCUGGGAUGAGCUUGCUGCGAGCUUGCCCCCAACCGUGCUGUCCCGCUUAAGCGCUUCGUUCCCGUCAGUCGAGGCGUUCCUCGUCAGCUGCAGCAAGUCCGCCGCCGCCAGCGGUGCCCAUGGCGCGCACGCCCAGGGCUUGCCAACACCGCCCGCCUCCGUCUCGGCCGCAUGCGGCGUCGACGCCGUGACGCUGGCGGCAGUUGAGGGGGUGGUAGCUGGCCUGUUGGCGCCGCAGUGGAGCACCGGGCUUCAGCUGGUGGAGAGGCUUCACACGGACACCGGCUUGCUGACUACUGGCUCAAACACCAUUGACGGGCUGCUGGCCGGCGGCCUGCGGCAGGGCAUGGUGGUGGAGGUGGCGGGCGAGACCGCCAGCGGCAAGACGCAGCUGUGCCUGCUGGCCGCGGCCGCCGCGGCGCUGCAGGGCCACGAGGUGAUGUUCGUGGACACCACCGGCAGCUUCAAGCCAGACCGGGUGGUCCAGCUGGCGGAGGGACUGGUCACGGGCGGCAGCGGCAGUGCCGCCGCCGGCGCUGCCGGCCGCCACGACCCGGCUGAGUUGGCCCAGCACCUGGGCGGCUGCAUCCACGUGCACAGGGCAGCCAACGUCUUCGAGCUGCUCACGUUCCUGGACCGCCUGGACGUAUCGCUGCAGGUCCAGCAGCUGCAGCAGGCGGCAGCUGAUGGCGGCGCCGGCGGAAUGGACUGGGCGCCGGCGGGGCCGCGGCUGCUUGGGCCGCGGCUGCUGGUAGUGGACUCGGUGUCGGCGCUACUUAGCACGCUGUUGGGUAACGCCCAGCACACACAGGGCACCACCCUGUUGACAGCAGCGGGACGGACACUCAAACAACUAGCAGCACAUCACUCCAUUGCUGUGCUUGUGACAAAUCACGUCACCAGUGCGCGUGGAGGGCCGGCGGGUGAGGGCGAGCGCAGCGCCACAGCUGCCGCAGGCGUGGGCGGCCUGAAGCCGGCCCUGGGUGAGCAGUGGCGGCCCCAGGCGCACAUGCGAGUCCAGCUUUCAAUCGACGACUCUCAGCCAGGCGCACGCCUGGCCACUCUGACAGCGUCGCCAGUCCUGGCAUGUGGGCACCAAUCUUCGUUCUACAUUCAUUCAUCGGGGCUCACAUGAACAUAGUCGCUCGCCGGCGUUGGUUCCUGUCACCAUUGCACAUGGUAGUCCGGCCCUCGCAAUCGCUCUGGCUGCUUUGACGCUCGUCUCUCCACGCCACGGCCGCCAUUCCCCGCAUGUGCACCUACUCGCUUUUCACUCCUCUGCACGUCCAAGUUUGACACACAGCUAUGGGCUUUGGUUGGAUGGCACACCGAACCUGAGCGGCAUGCUUUGAUUGGACGUGCAGUUUUCGUGUAUGUCAAAAAAGAGAAGGGAAUGCGGUCGGCAGCGUGCAUGCGCAAGCCGCGCGUUACAAUGGUGCUUCUGGUAGCCAUGAUUACAGGCUUUAAAUGCAGAGACGCCGGCAGGUGUUAGCUGUCCGAGGGAGCGCAGAGCAACUGAUAGGCAGCAGCAUGAAUAGCGCUGUUUAUCUGUGCUAUGGUUUGGCUGCCGGUACGACGACGACGCCUGGUCGGCUGUACCUGCAUAUACCGACCCCGGCGCUGUCCUCGCUGGCGCGCCGGCCUCGACAGGCGACCGUGUGGUGCGGGCUCAGCACGCUUUCUCUUGGAGAACAACCUACCUUACGAAUGCGUUCCGCUCCCGUGAUGCAUAUUGUUUGGUCAUUUGUGUGCAUGAUGCGGUCACAGGUGCCGUGUGCGGCCACAGCGUCGCAUGCCUAUGCAUCGUGGACUGCGCGCAAGUCUUGACUGGGGACGUGGUGCACAUGUACACUUGUACCUACAACGUUUUGCGGCGUGAUGCGGCGGGGUUUUUACAGGGCCAGGCAGCGGUGGCGCUGGACCCGAUGAUGCGUGGCAGACUGGCACUGGCUGCAGCACAGGGCCCAGCGUCGGAUGCAGAGCGGAGAGAGCGGGCACGGCUAAGUUGAGGCGAGCGUGCAGCCGCGGUUUAGGCGAAUGAGGUUCCGGCUGGUUGGCUUGCCCCUUCCCCCGAAGGGGGAGGGGCGGAAGCCAUUGCGGUCGCAUCGAGUCCCCAGGCGGGCCCCCCUCGGUUAUGACAGUUUUACCUUGAGUUAUUUUGGGAAACCCGAACGUAGCCAGAGUUCUUGUGCAAAUAAUACGCCUUUCAACUUGUCCCAAGCGAUGCAUAACUUUGCGGAAACGCGAGGAAGACGUAAGACUAGAGGCGAAGGGAUUGGAGGAUCCCGGCACUCGAUAGCGCCAUCGGGUUGCAAUUCUUGUCAGUCACGGACUUGUGGUAGACAAUGAUACCUCAAGACAAACAAUUGACAAGAGAUGGUGAGUGCGAAGCGCCGACGACCCGAAAUGCGCAUUUCGGGUCGUCGGCGAAGCGCAUGCGCCCUCGCCGAUCGGCAAAAGCAGCGGCGCCGUUUGCUUCUCGAUGCAUCAGCAGCGCUGAUUUUUGUGGUAUCAACGGUGCAUACUAUCGUGGUGGCGAUUUCGCGAAAUCAUGUGCAACA